AUGUGUGUGAACAGUACACGAUGUGGUCAACCAAUAUGCUAUCCAUUAACUAUAGCAAACAAACAAAUUUGUCCACCAAAGACUUCUACAACUACAACAUUACGAACAACAACUACAAUACGUACAAUAAGCACAACUAAAUCUGUAACAAGGACUAUAGCAACAGCUCAAAAGACGACGACUACCACUAAAAUAUCGGCAACAACAUCAACAUCAUCCGAUUGGUUUUCUACUGGCAAUAUGAUUAAUGCACGAGACUAUCACACAGCACCUGUAUUAUCAAAUGGAAAAGUAUUAGUUAUUGGUGGUACACCCAAUGAUUAUAGUUCUUUGAAUAGUGCUGAGCUAUAUGAUCUAUCAACAAGUACUUGGACAAUUACUAGUAACAUGAUUAAUGCACGAGAAGUUCACACAGCAUCUGUAUUAUCAAAUGGAAAAGUGUUAAUUACUGGUGGACGCAUUGAUAAUUUGAAUUAUUUAAACAGUGCAGAAUUAUAUUAA